GACAACUAAAAUGAAGCACAUAAUUCUCUGUACUCAUUUCUUUCUAAUGGUCUUAGGUUUUGGCCAGGCCCAAGAAUGUGCAGUGGCUCCAGCUGACAGAGUGGACUGCGGGUAUCCAACGAUUACUGAGGCUGACUGUAAAGCAAAGAGUUGCUGCUUUGAUUCCAGUAUCAUUAAUGUUAUAUGGUGCUUCUACACAGCCUCAGAAGGUCCACUCAAGAAACUGGAAUGCAGUGGGGAUCCUUAUAAGAGAAAAGACUGUGGAUUUCCAGGAAUAACAGAGAAGCAAUGCAAGCAAAAUGGAUGCUGUUUUGAUCCUAGUAUUGUUGGAGUUAAAUGGUGCUACACACGUACAGCUUCAACAACAACUACUCCAGCUGCAACAACUACUGAAGCUACAACAACUACUAAAGGUAAGGGUUAUGCAUAA